GUAUUAUUCAUGCGUUAAUUUGGUUUCAGAGUCCUGAAUCUCAGUCUUCGUCUGUCUUCUCGACUAUCAUAAAACUUCAUGCUAUUUGUCCCUCACGAUGACCACCCUUGCUGAAAAGCGCAGUCUGGCGUUAGCUAAAGCUCAGGCAUUUGUGCGGACAAGAAAGCCUGACCCUGCAACGGAAAAUGCAGAAAAUGGUGGAGAGAACACCGAAAAUGCUGGAGAUGAGAAUAACCCCAUACGGCCAAGCUCUUUUGGACUUCGAGCUCACUUUUCAACGGUCAACAUCAAUUGUGAUAAGUGGUACCAAACCAUGGAUGAGAAAGCCCGCUUAAACCUCCAAGAUCCGCCGUCUUUAGCUGACGGCAUGGAUCGAGAGACCGAAAAGAACCUUCGCUUCUUCGGCUGCACUCUUAUACAGGAAGGAGCUGUUAUGUUGAAGCUUCCUCAGGUGGCUGCUGCAACUGGGCAAAUACUUUUUCAAAGAUUUUACUACCUAAAAAGCUUCUUGAAGUUUCGUUAUGAGCAUACUGUCAUGGCUUGUUUGUUACUAGCCUCAAAAAUCGAGGAAGAACCACGGCGUACUAGAGACGUUUACAACGUUUUUUAUCGCCUUGAGCAGCUACACAAGCUCAGAGAAUCGGGACGCUCCAUCAACGAUGAGACCGCAGCUCGUUUGAAGCCGCCUCCCCUUGACAUCAGCUAUGUAAACACAAAGAAUAAUAUAAUAAAGGCAGAGCGACGUCUGCUCGCUACCCUUGGUUUCGUGGUUCACGUCAAGCAUCCGCAUAAGUUGAUAUGCGCUUACUGCUAUGUUCUACGAGCUCAUCACAGGACCGAUCUCAUUCAGAAAGCAUGGACAUACAUGAAUGACGGUUUGCGGACAGACAUGUUUGUUCGUUAUUCACCGGAAACGAUUGCAUGCGCCUGCAUUUUCUUAGCUGCGCGAACGGUACAGCCACCAGUAGCUCUCCCACAUCAACCUCGGAAUUGGUACGAACUAUUCGACGCUUCUGAUACUGAUGUCCAUACUAUCGCAAUGAUGUUGCUGAAUAUGUACGCGAAUCAGAAGGCAGUAAGUUGGAGGGAAAUGGACGAUGUAAUAGAAAAAUUACGAGGGAAGAUCGAGGCAGCGCAAAAAGCUGCCAAAGCGCAGCUUGUGGCGCAGAAGAUUACAAAUGAUAAGAAGAAAGGUGAUGAAGAUUCUGACAAAGAGGACAGCCACAAACGUAAGGGUAAAAGUAGGAGUCGAUCGCGAUCUAGAUCACGAUCGAAAAGCCCGAAAAAGAAAUAUUCUCCGAUACGUCGUAGGAGAGAGUCGCCUGAACGCAAUGGUCGGAACAAAAAUCGUGGUGGGAAAGGAGGACGAGAUGAUAGAAGAGAUCGAGAUAGAAGAGACGAUCGCAGGGAUGACAAAAGAAGGAGGAGCAGAAGUCGUAGCAAAAGCAGGGAGCGGUAUCUGGAUCGGGAGCGUGAGCGAGCUAAGGAACGGAGUAAGGCUCGAGAACGAGAAGUUUAUCAAUCCUUGGGAAAGCGUCCACGUCCAAAGACUCCAACCCCACCCGUUAGAUUUCGAAACACUAUGCCGCCACAAAAGCCUGUACAUUCCGAAAUGCCAGAUCACAAGCCCACUGAGGAAGUAACAGAGGAACCUCAAGCAGAAGUCGUUGAUCAGUUGACUUACUGGCGUGAAAAGUGCGCUGACCACGUUGAAAAACUCAAAGCUGUGUUGGAAGAAUGCAAUGAUCGGGUGAAUAGCAGAAGCAAUACUGAGGAAACAUGCCAUCAGGAAAUGAUGGACUACGUACAUCAUCUCGACGAAUGUGCAAUGCCCAAGGCUUUUGCGCAGUUGAAGUAGGAUUUCAUUGAUGAUUAGUUAAAUAGCGGCUUCAUGUUUGUAUUUCUACCUCGCCUUCAUAUUCUUGACAAGAUUGUCGUUUCAUUUUUCUAUAAAGAUAAAUAGAGUAGAAUAAACUUUAUAGCGAAAC